GAGCAGGAAAUCUUCAGGAUUGGACGAGAUCCAGUUGCCAACGCUCUCUGUCUCCAGAAUGAUGCAGAAAACUUUGCUUCACGAAAUCACUGUGAAUUCUACGUGAUUGUCUAUGAACCAUCCGUCAACCACGUCUACGUCAGGGACCGCAAGUCCGUCAACGGAACGUUUGUCAACGGCCAGCUCAUUGGCAUCGGUCCAGAGAUCUCGUCUGGGUAUCUCUUGGAAGACGGCGAUGUCAUUGAGAUUCAACCUCACUGGAAGUUUCUCUUCCGCCAACCUCGAAAGCCGCCUACCAGGCCGCUGACGGCCAUCCAGACAGAAGAAUGCCAGACUUUCCAAGAUGAGUAUCUCAUUACCCCACGAUGCCUCGGCAGCGGUGCAGAGGGAGCCGUCUACUUGGCCAUCGAAGCCGAGACCAAGCGGCAGCUGGUCUGUAAGGUCGUCAAUCUGGCCAAGCAGGAUGGAAAGAUGCCGCGAGAAGAGGUUUACCGAAAGCUACAGGAGAUUGAUGUCCUCCGACAGCUCAGACACCCCAACAUCCUGCCCUACGUUGACGCCGUUGUUUCUCCCCACUCUCUGUACAUUUUCACAGAGCUUGCCGCGGGUGGUGAUCUUGUCUCCUUCAUCAACCGCCAUGAGUACAUUCCAGAGAUUGAUUGCAGAGUUCUACUUCGACAGGUUGUCCGCGGCCUCGCUUAUCUUCACAAGAAAGGCAUCAUCCACAGGGACUUGAAGCCGGAGAACAUCCUGCUGGCAUACUCGCCCAAGAUAGCCUACCAUCGAAUCAUGCUGUCAGACUUUGGAGCUUGCGCCGUUCCUCGCCGCAGCCGAAUGAUGACCGAUAUUGGCACAUUUGAGUACAAGGCUCCGGAGGUCUUCUUUUCGGCCGCGGAGGCUCAAACGCCUGCGCUUGAUAUGUGGUCCCUUGGCCUCAUCACACUGCGAAUGCUUACCUUUGACGUGGAUUGCUUUGGAAGCCUGGCUCGCAAGAAUCAAGUCUCCGUUGAGAAGAUGGUCAAGACAAUGCUUGUAGAGGUUUCGCCAAAGCGCUCCCCAGAGGGCCAGAACUUCGUCUUGGGAUGUCUCCAACUGGCCCCGAUGAACAGGAUGACUGCUGCAGAGGCAGAGCGCCACGAUUGGUUUUGCACCCCGCAGAAACACGUCGAGUUCUUCCAGAGGCUUGAUAGACGAUGUCAAACAGAGCUGACUGAUGAUGAUACUCACCUCAAGCCGAUGCCCUGGGACUUGGCCAGUCUUCAGCCC